CUGUAGCCAGGCUGACUGAGAGUCACAGCUCUAUUGAGCCUUGUAUUCCUUUAGCCCUUAGCAGUAAUGAUUUUAUGAGCUUUUUUAAUGACAAAAUUCUAACUAUUAGAGGCAAAAUUCAUGACCUCCUGUCCUCAGAUAGUACCUAUCUGCCCUCAAACACAGCUGUAAGACCUGAUAUAUAUUUAGAUUGCUUCUCCCCGAUUUCUCCUCAACAAUUGACUGCAGUGAGUUCUUCAUCUAAAUCAUCAACGUGUCUCUUAGACCCCAUCCCAACUAGGCUACUUAAGGAAGUCUUACCUUUAGUUAACACUCACUUAUUAGACAUGAUCAAUAUAUCUCUAUUAACAGGCUAUGUACCACAGUCUUUUAAGGUAGCUGUAAUUAAACCUCUCCUAAAAAAGCCCACCCUGGAUCCAGAGGUGUUAGCCAACUAUAGACCAAUAUCUAAUCUUCCCUUUCUUUCAAAGAUCCUUGAGAAAGUAGUCGCAGACCAGCUGUGUGAUUUUCUCCAUGAUAAUAAUUUAUUUGAGGAAUUUCAGUCAGGAUUUAGAGUGCAUCAUAGCACUGAGACAGCACUGGUUAAAAUUACAAAUGACCUUCUGAUUGCUUCAGACAAAGGACUCGUCUCUGUACUUGUUUUAUUAGAUCUUAGUGCGGCGUUUGACACAAUUGACCAUCAAAUUCUGCUACAGAUACUGGAACAUUUAAUUGGCCUAAAAGGUUCUGCACUAAGCUGGUUCAAAUCAUAUUUAUCUGAUCGUUUUCAGUUUGUUCACGUUCAUGAUGAAUCAUCCUUACGUACUAAAGUUUGUUUUGGAGUUCUGCAAGGUUCUGUGCUCGGACCAAUCCUAUUUACUCUAUAUAUGCUUCCUUAGGUAAAAUCAUUAGAAAUCACUCUGUAAAUUUCCAUUGUUAUGCGGAUGAUACACGUAACUGCCUUAAAGACAUAAAAACCUGAAUGAGCACCAAUUUCCUUAUGUUAAAUUCAGACAAAAAUGAAGACUCUUUAUCUGAUGACAGAGUUUCUCUAGAUGGCAUUGCUCUGGCCUCUAGCGCUACCAUAAGAAACCUCGGAGUAAUAUUUGAUCAAGAUUUGUCUUUUAAUUGUCAUCUAAAACAAACCUCACGGACUGCAUUUUUUCAUCUGCGUAAUAUUGAAAAAAUUAGGCCUAUCCUGACCCGAAAAGAUGCAGAAAAAUUGGUCCAUGCUUUUGUUACCUCUAGACUGGAUUACUGUAACUCCCUAUUAUCAGGUAGCUCUAGUAAGUCUUUAAAAACUCUCCAGCUAAUUCAGAAUGAAGCGGCACGUGUACUAACAGGAACUAAGAAACAAGAAAUUCAAGAUCCUGUUAUAAUCAGGAACUUCCGGUUCCGGGUUCCACACGGCGUCCUCCGUCACUUCGGCUCUCAGUUUUAGCUUUUAAUUCUAGUUUUUAUACUAUUUUGAAAGACCUACAUUUAAUAUUCUAACUAUUUAAUGUGUGUACUUUGACCGGAUGGCCGAUCGUGUAUACUUGCUGGGCGUUUACUGUGGUUUAACACGACCGGACCUGCGUUGACAGCGUGGGAAAAUUUCUGUCAGCUGACUACGCUGCGCUUUCUCUGCUGUUACCACCGGCUUGUUUUAUCAACGAUGUGAAGCCCAUCUGCUGAGGAUUAUACCGGGUGUUGUGUUGCUACUGAAGCCCGAUCUCCGCAGCGGGCCCAGUUCUGGGCCCGUGCCGGUAUGUCCCGCUACUUGACGCCCUGCUCUGUCACUCUUUCUGUGGAUCACCACAGCUAACACCACUCCAACGCUGUGGGCUCCGAUCGGAGCCCCUGCGUGUAAGUGCCCAUUCCCUCACUGUUGGCUACUACGCUUAAUCUCUAAACUACCAUAACUCUGUGCACCUUUAGCCCGUGUACUGGCCUCCUCUCUAUCCUUCUCCCCCAGGAACCACACACCGCACACACAGCAUGGCUCCGCUUACCUCUCCCUCCAGCUGUGUCAGCUGCUCCCGCUUCGCCGAGAUGUUAAUGGAUACCAUCACCUUUGGCCCUACACAAUCUGCCUCCCUCUGUGCUUCUGGCUCUGACGCAGCUCCCUCUGGCCCUGAUGCUGCUCCUGAGACCGCUGAAGCUGCUCCUCCUUUGGUGCCAGCUGCCGCUGCUGCUGACCCCCCUCCGGACACCGUUUCUGACGACUCCUGGAUACGACACGGGGCCAGGCCCAGGGUCCUGACCAGUUCCACUCCAUCGGACCCUGAGCCCUGGUGCCUGGUCCCUGCUCUCGGUAGGAGAGGGAGGCGCUCCUCCCACGCGCCUCAUCACAACAUCCAGCUGGAGAAUAAGUUUGAACCCCUCGCUUUUCCUCCUGUUGAUGAGGAGCCCGAUCGUCCUCCCCCUCCUUCUUCAUCUCCGUCCCAGGGGUCUCACGGCUCACCGUCACCUCCGAGGCCCUCUAUCGCCAUACAUGAGCGCUCCUCUCUCCGCAAGACUCUCCGCUCCAUACCGCUGUUUACACCGGCACCGCAGCGCGCUCCCGCCCCCCUCUAUGUCGGUCCCUGUCCAGCCACUUCAUCGCUUCUGGUGAAGUCUCCUCCACCGACCGCUUCUCCCACCUCAUCCAGCCAUGAGACCCCACAUUCAGCAUCCCCUCGCCCCCUUUUUCCUCCGACUACUUUAAUCACUGGGGACUCAAUUACACGACACAUCCGCUUUUUUAAUGCCGUAACGCAUUGUUUCCCCGGAGCCACAGUCCCCGUCAUCCUGCAAAAACUCCCAGAUCUGCUGAACACAUUGCCGUCCUCCAUCCACAGGAUUAUUGUUCACGUUGGAAUAAAUGAUUCAUCACUUUGACACUCUGAGGUGACCAAAUCACAGUUCAGACAACUCCUACAGUUCCUAACCAGCACCGGCAAAUCCAUCUUCAUCAGUGGACCGCUCUCUCCUCCGGCUGUGGGAUAGAAAAGUUCAGCAGAGUCCUCCAGCUCCACACCUGUCUCCAGUCUGUCUGCAGGGCACUCAGUGUGGGCUUCAUAGAUAAUUUUAACUUGUUCUGGAAUCGCCAAUCCUUGUUAAAACCCGACGGUAUCCAUCCAAACAGACUCGGCAACUACAUGCUAAAAGCUAACCUGCAGCACGCUGUCCAAUCAUACCCACCUGACUGACUGUUUACUCACCUCACCCACUCACACACACAGGUCCCUCCCUCUUCUUCUACUGUGCCUUCUCAGUGUACCACUGUCUCCGUCUACUCCCCUACAGGCCCCUGCUGUCACUACACCCCUCUCCUGCUGCUUUCCCCAUUGCGACCAUUCUAACUGUCAGACCCUUCCGCCUUCAGUCCACUUUCAAAGUUGUAAAUAAAAAUAACCUCUCCUACAUAAAACUGAGUGCCCCUGUCUCCUCAUCCCACAAGCAUGACAACACCAAUACCAAUUUCGGACUGUUAAACAUCCGCUCACUCACGAGCAAGGGUCAGCUCAUACAGGAUCUUAUCAUGGACCAUAACUUUGAUUUUCUCUGUUUAAGCGAAACGUGGCAACCGCCCAAUGAUUUUAUUCCACUCAAUAAUUCCACUCCCCCCGGAUUUAUUUACAGCUGUCGACUGCGUGACUCUGGCAGGGGAGGAGGUCUCGCGAUGCUCUACCGUGAGAAGUGGAAAGUCCUGCCAGUUUCUACCCCUGCCUAUCACACAUUUGAGUCCAUCACCUCACAGUUAUCUGGCCCCACCCCCACCAUCGUUGCCACCGUGUACCGUCCCCCUAAACCAAAUAAGGAGUUUUUAAAUGACUUUGUUCAAUUCCUGACACAUCUUUCCACACUCUCUCCAAACAUACUACUCCUGGGAGACUUCAAUAUCCACAUGGACAAUACCAGCAACGCUCUCACCAGAAAUUUUACAUCUUGCAUUGACAGUUUUGGACUCCAUCAACUCAUCAACUUCCCAACACACUUAAAAGGACAUACUCUUGAUUUAAUAUGCUGUUCUGGUCUCUCUCCUGUCGACUGUAAGGCAAUUUCCCUCCCCUUUUCCGACCACAUGUUAGUUUCCUUCAACGCCAACCUUGCACUUUCCAAAAUCAAUCUCCCACGCACUAUUUCUUUCCGUAAUAUUAAGGACAUUAAUUUGGACAUUCUCUCUUCUGGCAUUAGCUCCUUCCCCAACGCAGACAGCUUUUCCACCCCUGAUGAACUGGUACUCCAUUACAACAACAGUCUUCAUAAUCUCCUGGACUAUCUUGCCCCACUUAAAACCAGAUCUGUCACUUUCACCCGCUCCUCACCAUGGUUCACUCCCGCUCUCAGACAACUUAAAUCCAAAGGACACCAACUGGAACGCCUCUACAAUAAGACUGGUCUCACUGUGCACAAGGAAAUAUAUCACAACCACAUUCCCCCCAAAAGGACUGCAUCUCACAGGCUAAAUCCACCUAUUACUCUGGUUUAAUCAACUCAAACGAUGGCAACUCAAGGGCCCUGUUUUCACUCCUCAGUAACAUUACUCAACCCCCGGACUCACUUCCACCACAGAUGUACUCUACUGCCUUUUGUAAUACCCUUCUAUCCUUUUUUACUGCUAAAAUUAAUAACAUCCAUCAGCAACUUGCUCCCAGCUCCUCUCACAAUUCAUCUUCCCUAUUUCCCCCUGUGUCCCCUUCGCAGUCACUCUCAGUAUUUGCUCUACCUUCCGUUUUCGAAACCACUGGUCUGAUCAAAAAAUCCAAAUCAUCAACCUGCCAAUUAGAUCCCCUUCCAACUGCUCUUGUUAAAGCCACCGUUCCCUCUUUGGCCCUUCUCAUCACGCACAUAAUCCAUUCUUCCCUCACCACUGGAAUUGUUCCCUCACCCCUCAAAA